AAAACGUGGAGGAGAGCGCCCACAGUAGCGACAGCUUGCAGCCAAUCAGUCAAUCAGUCAAUCAGUCAGGCCUUCCUGCGCACAUACAGAGACGUUACAAACGGGCUCAUUAUUUUCACAACAGAUCGUGAUGCCGCUGAAAAACGGCAACACCGUGGGUGUGGAGAGACGCAUGGACCUGGCCUCGCUCUUCUGCAUGAUCGGGCGACACGGUCCCGCCGUGGCUCUGGCUGUGAUAGCGAUGGUGUCUGUGCUGGCGGGGAUCAUCAUCUACCGGACCGUGAGGGGGAAGCGGAGGAAGGCCGCAGCCGCCGACGGUGACGGCACGAGCCCCGGAGCGGAGAGAGACGCAUCGGUGAUCCAGCAGUCAAGCUCGGAGGAAUCGCACAGCCCCGAUGAGUCAACAGACGUGAGUGAUGAAGGCUCAUCAGACGUGAAGGAGGAUGUUUAUCUGAUUCAGGGUGACCUCAAAAUCAGGCACCGCCGUGCUGCUCCUGAGAAGACCCCUCCACCUUUUUCCCCUCCUGAGAGUGACAGCCAAGUACCAGACAACAAACACACCACUUCAGAUGACACAGAGGAAGUGGUAGUUGUGAGGGACUCUUAUGAAGUAGCAGAGACGUAUGCAGAAGAGGCCACUCAGAGCCUGCAAAGUGAGGCUUACACUGAGGCUGAAAUGCUGCUGGAGGAUGUUGUUGAUUGCCAGGAUGUGUUUGAAGAGAUCCAGGAUAAUGAUAGCUGCUUGAACGAGCCUGGGCAGAUUAAUGAUGAGAACCACGGGGAGGAAGAGAAGGUGUCGAAAGCAGAAUGCCAGGAAGAUGAGGAAGUGACCACAGACGAGGAAGUUUCUGACAAGACAACCAGAGAAGAGGAGCACAACUUCCUGUGUGCUUUGAACAAUCCGGUGUGCUUCGAACAAAUGAGUGAAAACAUAGAUGAUGACAGUCUGCAAGUUAUUAAAACCACAAAAAGCGUGGAGUCCAACUCGGAGGAGCCAGUCACUCAUAUAGAGGAUGUAACUGUUCCCUGCGUCUGUUAUGGCAUGGACGAGUUUGAGGAAGAGAAUCCAGAUGGUAUUGAUUGUAGUAGUUAUUCCGGCAAUAAUCGCCUCUCUCCGGAGGAGGAGGAGGAGGAGGAGGAGGAGGAGGAGGAGGAGAAGAAAAAUGAGAGUGAGGAGGCAGAGGAGGAGUGCUUAAAGGCUGAUAGUCAUGAUGAUGGUCUGUCAGGUAUCACCACUGAUGCAAAAGCUCAAAUCUCAGGCAAUACAGAUUUCCCUGACUUGUCAUCGGAUUGUCAACACUCACAGAAAGAAGAUAAAUUAGCUCCAUCUAUGGAUGAAGACACCGUUUCUACUAUCCUUGGCCCUCAAAUGUUGUCACAUGAGACAGAAAAUCAGCCUGAAAACCACGUGAAUGACACAAGUGUGAUACUGGCUGUAGAACACAAUGACCCUCUUGUUCAAUGUUGCUACGAAGACGAACAAGAUGUCCAAAUGCUAAGAAAUGAAGCUUUGGAUGAGGCAAGUAUCGCUGAUGUUCCUCAUAUAGUUGCUUGUGAUGGUGAAAAUAAUACUACCCCUGUAAUGGUGAAAGUGUUUCACAAGGUGAGUGUUGGUGCUGACAAUGUAACCGUUUCUAAAAUAGUUGAAGAAAUAUCUCACCUGCCAUUCAUUUGCCAAUACCAACAAAGUGACCACGUGGAAAAUAAUGAAACUUUGGACGAGACGAGGGUCGAUUGUGCAACUGAUCCAGAUGCUUGCAAUAAUGAUAGCUGCACUGCACUUUUAAUGUUUGAAGAAAUAUCUUGUCCUGACAUGUUGUCCUACUCCCAAGACCAACAAAGUGACCGCAUGGAAAAUAAUGAAACUCUUGACAGGAAGGUUCAUUCUGCCACUGAUGCACCUGCUGGCAAUAAUGGUACCAUUAAUUCACUAAUAAUGUCUGAAGAACUAUCUCAUCCUGACAUGUCUUCCUACAAAGGCCAACAAAAUGACCAAAUGAAAAAUAAUGAAGAUUUUUCUGAAGUUACCACUGGUGCGGCUCCUGUCAUGGCUGAGGACAUUAAUCCUCCAAUGUGUUUCGAGCAAUUUGAAGUGAGGGAUAAUGACAUAUCAGUUGCUGGUAGUGUUGGUGAAGAGAGUGGGAUUUCAAGCAUGACUGUCAGCCCUGAUGAUGGUAACGACUUUGACGUGAUCUUUGAAAAUAUGGUGCUUCCUGUGAUGGAACGUGAUCUACAGGCUCAAAACAGUCUCUUUGCUGAUGAUGCAGCCAUAUCAGUCAUUAAAGAGGAUAUGAGUGGUAUGGUGUUCAGGCCUUACACAUCCCAUCACUCCCAGCCAUCCCACAGUGAGCCCAAAGGUUGGACUAAUUAUAAAAGAGUGGCAUCCAACGAGGACAUGUUUGGCCAUGAGAUUGAGAACAGUUACCACAGAAUGAUGGAUCAGUUUACGGCGCAGAUUGCAGACAGCGCUACUAGCUUCACAGAUAAUCUGGAAAAGCUGUCGGACAUGAAAGCUGCUGUCAAGGUUGAAGAGGGUAAAGAGAAGAAGGCAGGAGAAGGUGUGGAAAAGGAAGAGCAAACAAAAGCAGAGAAGGAGAAAGAAGAGGACUAUGAAAAGACUGAAAUCAGUAUCAUGGAGGCAACUAUGGACCAUAAUGAAUGGAUCAUGGAUAGUACCUACCAAGCCCUUCCCUGGAUGAAUCUUUCUGCCCCAUCUUUUGCCCAAGACCAUACAAAAACUAACCAGCUUCCCACUGAAGAGUGCCAACACAGCUAUUUUGUAACAGACACCACUUGUGUAGAUGCAACAGAUAUUCCAUGUUCCACUGAGAUCAAACAAACCAGCACUAGCUCCCUUGUUGACGAAAACAUGGAAAAUAACAAAAAGGUUGUGGCAGUCCAGCCCAUGCCCCAGAACGUCAUCGUGACCUUCCGCGUCCAUUAUGUCACCCAAUCGCCAUACCAGUCAGUAUCUGUCACAGGAAACCAGCAGGAGCUGGGGAACUGGAAGGAAUUCAUCCCGCUCGAGAGAGCCAUGGACGGGCACUGGGUCACAGUGGUCAGCCUGCCCUCGGAGAGCCACGUAGAGUGGAAGUUUGUGGUGGUGGACAAGGGUGAGGUGUGUCGCUGGGAGGAAUGUGGCAACCGCCUCCUUGACACGGGCUACGGAGAUGACCUGCUGGUGCAAAAAUGUUGGGGACGCUUGUAAGAGGUGAGGUACGAGGAAAAUUGAGAGGGGCAUGUUCAAUAAGCUUUCAUAAUGGAUACAGAACCAGUUCAUUUGUACAGCCCGUCACUUGACCCACAUGAUGAUACAGUAGAUUAAGAUGACAUCUAAUACUCAUUUAUACUGUAUUGUAUCAUAAGUACAUCCUACUAAGCAUUCGUUAUGUACAUUUGGGGUCAUCGAGGUCUACAGUGUAGGUUAAAACUGGGAUAUAUUUGUUUUUUUAAAUGUCAAGGUUACAUAUAACCAUUGUUGUGGUUUUUAACCAUAUUUGGCCCUGACGCCUAGAUGUAUUUUGACCUGCAAAUUUCCAACACAAUGAUUACUGGGAUGAAAUUGAAUGAGUCAUUUUAUGGGACUUUACUUAGAGGAUUGCCCUCUUACAGCCAGCGAUUUAAAUGGAUCUUUCAGGGAACUGAAACGAUUGCCUUUAAAAGACGGAAGUAUUCGAUAAAAAGGAUUCCUUUGUUGUCUGUGGCAGUAUCUGUGAUUAUGCAAAUUGCACCUCUUUAAAAAGGUUGACUUAAGUGUUUAAUUUAUAUAAGUGAUGACUUUAUUAUACUGUCUAUAUGCUGCUUAAAUACUCCCAUCAAUCUAUGAGAAUAAAUGCACAUAGUUCACUUUUACUACAGCAAUAAUGAAAGCAAUAAAUAUCUACUGUAUGACUGGUGUUAUAUCAGGUAUUUUAAUAUGAUUGCCACUAAACUGUGAUAUAGUUGUAACUUCUAUGCUUCUUCCAUCUUGUGGGACUGUGCAUGCAAGAUUGUCCCAUUGUUCUAUCAAUGUGCCUUUUAAACAUGAUUUUCUAUUAAUGAGUAUCCUGUUAUGCAAUACUUAUACUGAUACGACUACUCUUGAAUGUCAUUAAGGUGGAGUUGGUUACCAAAUUAAAAAGUCUUUCUUAUCAGAAAUAUAUGUUUGUUAUAUAUGUUAAUUCAUGGAUAGACCGGAUUUUCUGAGGUAAUUGAAGAGUUUGGUUUCACCAGGAGUUAUUCUUAUUUUGGGGAAGAAAAAUUGUUUCUCACUCUCCAAAAAAUAUUUAACAUGACAAUCCAUUAUUAAUUAUCGGAAUUAUUAUUAUUAACUAUUGACAUAAUCAUUUGAUGCACUCAAAUUAGAUUUUCCUUUUCCAUACUAAAUAAAAUAUUGUAUCAUCCAAA